AUGACCACAGACGUGAACUUGACCUCUCUGCUGAAUGUAACGGAUUAUGACAACCAGACAAAAGGAUGCUCCCUCAAGACGGGUUUCCAGUUUUACUACCUGCCCACUGUUUACAUCAUGGUUUUCAUCACCGGGCUGGUGGGGAACAGCCUGGCCAUUUGGAUGUUUGUGUGCCAUAUGAGACCCUGGAGCAGCAUCUCUGUCUACAUGUUCAACCUGGCUCUGGCUGAUUUCUGUUAUGUCCUCUCGCUGCCUUUCCUCAUCUUUUACUACUUCAACAAAACGGACUGGAUAUUUGGCGACGUCGUGUGCCGGCUGCAGCGUUUUAUAUUUCACGUGAAUCUCUAUGGAAGUAUUCUCUUUCUGACCUGCAUCAGUGUCCACAGGUACACCGGGGUAGUGCACCCACUGAAGUCUCUGGGUCGGCUCAAGAAGAAAAACGCCGUCAUCACAAGCACCAUUGUGUGGCUUGUAGUUGUUAUAGCAAUGUCCCCAAUUCUGUAUUAUUCCAGGACUGGUUUGAAGAACAAUACAAUCACUUGUUAUGACACCACCACGAAAGACGAGCUACCCGGUUAUUUCAUCUACAGCAUGACUCUGACCGUGUUUGGGUUCUGCAUCCCCUUCAUCAUCAUAUUUUGUUGCUACGGCAUGAUAGUGAAAGCAUUGAUCUACAAUGACAUGAACAAUGCACCUCUGCGGCAGAAGUCCAUCCACCUGGUCAUCAUAGUCCUUGCUGUGUUCGCAGUCUCGUACUUGCCCUUCCACGUGAUGAAGAACCUCAACAUGCGGGCCAGGCUGUACUUUCAGAGCCCCGAUAUGUGCGAGUUCAACAACCGCGUCUACGCCACCUACCAGGUGACGCGGGGCCUGGCCAGCCUCAACAGCUGCGUGGAUCCUAUUCUUUACUUCCUCGCUGGAGACACCUUCCGAAGGAAGCUGACCCGGGCCACCAAAAAGCCCUCCAGGAAAGGGGACAAUGUCAUUCAGUCCAAAAGCGAGGAGACAGCUCUCAACAGCCUGGCUGAGUAUGUCGAGAACGGAGACCGGAGGCUGUGA